AUGGAGCCCAACAGUCCCAAAAAGAUACAAUUUGCUGUGCCUUUGCUCCAGAGUCAGAUAGCACCUGAGGCAGCGGAGCAGCUGGGCCUUUGUUGUUCACAGAUCAGGAAAAGAAGACCCACUCCAGCAUCCCUCGUGAUCCUCAAUGAACAUAAUCCCCCAGAAAUAGAUGACAAGAGAGUGACUAACACUCAAGGAGACUCACAGAAUGCAUCCCCUAAACAGAGGAAGCAGAGCGUGUAUACACCACCUGCAAUGAAAGGAGUUAAACAUCUGAAAGGCCAGAAUGAAUCAACAUUCCCUGAAGAAGAAGAAGGUGCAAAUGAAAAGGAGGAGCAGUGGGAACACUAAUUACCAGUCUGCAGAGGGAAGGCUUCCCAGGAAAUACUGAACUGUUCUCAAUACCCUUUGGAUCUCCACUGCUUGACCUCAGCAACUCUUCACCUCUGCACUCCAUGCUCAGUAGUGAACCAUCUCCUGGAAGCCCUCCAACUGAACUUAAAACUAAGUACAGAGUGUUCUACAUCACUUACAAUUAAGCAUUUAUUUUAUAGCAAUGUUUCUUUUUAACUAUAGGGAAAUUUGCAAACAUAUGACUAUCGUAAUUUUAAUACUGCCAGAGCUUAAUCCUUGAUAUUCUACUGAUACGGUUUGCAUCCUAAGUUCAA